AUGCUGAAAGGGGUAGACCUGGACAGGUGUCACGGCCUCCGAGGCUUGUUUCGUUUCGUUGAGGCGGACUACGCAAAGCGAGCCAAGUGGCAGUCGCCUGCUACUGCUGCUGCCGCAAAGAAACUUGCCGGACUAUCCAAGAGCGUGUUUAUUAAUGGAUCCUUCUCCAGUCUCGGCGUCUGGGCGGUCGUGGCGUUGAGACGAAGGCCUAUGGUAUAA